GCUCCGGCCGAUGAAGGCUUAACUAAUUCCCACCAGUUCCGUCUCAUUGGACCGCACGUCUAACGGCUGCCCGAGAGGUGGGCGGUGUUCUUCCAGACCAAUGGGCUGCUGGCGUGGCGCGCCGCCGCCAGCGCCGCUCUUUCCCGCCUCUCCCUCUCGCGGCUCUUAGCCGGAGAGCAGCAAGAGGAAGAAGGGGAGCUGGUUCCCAAGAUGGCGGCGGGAGCGGCUGUGGCUGGGCUCUCGAUGGGGGCGGCCGCGGCUGCCUUGUCGGCUCCUAGCCCAGAGCCGGGGUCGGCCAACGCGUCCGAAGAGGAGCUGCCCCCGCUAGAGCCGGCCGAAGUGAGGAGCCGCCUGGAGAGGAGCGCCCGGCAGUUCCGCAAUCGACGCAAGGUGAUCAUUCGGGGACUGCCCUCCGAUGUAGCUAACCAGGAAGUUCAUGAUCUGCUGAGUGACUACGAACUUAAGUACUGUUUCGUGGACAAAUACAAGGGGACUGCUUUCGUCACCUUAUUGAAUGGGGAACAGGCAGAAUCGGCCAUUAAGCAAUUCCACCUGAGCAAACUAAGAGACAAGGAGAUCACAGUGCAGUUGCAACCCACAGAUGCCCUGCUGUGCAUUGCCAACCUGCCCCAGCUUUAUACACAGCAACAGUUUGAGGACCUGGUUCGGCCCUUUGGGAAUCUGGAGCGUUGCUUUCUGGUGUAUAGUGAGAAAACAGGGCACUCGAAAGGCUAUGGCUUUGUUGAGUACAUGAAGAAGGAUUCAGCAGCCAGAGCAAAAUCUGACCUGCUGGGCAAACAGCUGGGAACACGGACGCUAUAUGUUCACUGGACAGAUGUCAAUCAGUUGACCCUAGAUCUUAUUCAUUCAAAGUGCUUAUGUGUAGAUAAACUGCCGCACAAUUAUAGUGAUAUAGAAGAACUGAGACAGACCUUCUCUGCCAUCUGCCCUCCAACAUACUGCCAGUUGGCAUAUGGUCAGGAUGGGCAACUGAAGGGCUUUGCAGUCCUGGAGUAUGAGUCUGCUGAGAUAGCAGAGAUGGUUCAACAGGCCACCAAUGGCUUGCCACUUGCUGGGAACCACAUCAGAGUGUCCUUCUGUGCUCCAGGCCCUCCUGGGCGAAGUAUGCUAGCUGCUCUGAUAGCUGCCCAGGCAACAGCACUUAACCGUGGGAAAGGGCUUCUUCCUGAGCCUAAUCUUCUUCAGAUUCUGAACAGUUUAGGCAAUCCCACAUCAAUCCAGCUCUUACUCAACCCCCUUCUUCAUGGAGCUAUUGGAGGAAAGCAAGGACUCCUGGGAGCCCCUCCAUCGGUGCCUCUGCUAACCAACCCUGCCCUGUCCACAGCUCUACUCCAGCUAGCACUUCAGAAUCAAACACAAGCACAGCAGAAGGCAUUUUUGGGGAACUUGCUCUUAGUCCAAAAUCAGGUCUGGACGCAACUCCUGCAGAACAAGGAAAACCAGGCCAUUUUCCAUAAACCAGGGAUCUUGGGUGAGUCUCCACUGGGUUCCUUGCAGCAUGGUACUCUGGGAAUGCCAAAUACACCAGCUUCUCAGGCAGGAAAUCAGUUACUGGGUGAGAUGUCCUCAGGUGGCUCUCUACCUGCUGAUUUGGCUCCAGGACCUGUCAAGUCUCCAAUCUUGCCUUCAGGAAAUCUGGCUUUGCCAUCAUUUCUAGGACCAUUGGGAAUGGAGAGGGAGACCUCUGUGAUGGGACCCCAGCUGGCGCCAGCUGGCCUGCAAGGCCUCACCACCUCCAUCCUGGGAUCUGGGAUCAGUGGCCUUCAGAAGCCAAAGCAGACAGAAAAUGGGCCUCCCUCAUCUGGGGUCUCUCUGCUAGGAGAACCACCAAAAGAUUUCAAGAUUCCACUCAAUCCUUACUUAAAUCUGCACAGUCUUCUCCCUACGAGCAAGCCUGGAGGUGGGGCCAAUAAAGCAUUCAGCCUGAAGACUGGUGUACUUGGCAAUGUUUCAAAUCCCAGAAUUCCACAGACCUCCAUGUCUGAACCUGUAGUGCCCACUUCUGGGCUGACAGGAGACAGUUGUGCAUUUGAGUAUCAACCAGACUUAGGAACACGAAUGUAUCCCCAGGCCAGAGAGAUAACGUCCCAGCUAGGUGGAUUUGCACACAACAAGCACAAGGUGUCAUCACCUGGGUUUGAACAGAACAAUCUGGCCCCUCCUCUGCCUCCAUUCUAUUCAGGAUCACCAACCUCCUAUUUCACCAGUGGCCUUCAAGCUGGACUCAGACAGAGCCACCUAAACAAAACAGUUGGGAUGCCACCUGUGGGUGCAGGAGACAGUAUCAUGGGACUAGGACCAACCAGUCACUCACAUGGCACCUACUCAAAGACUCCGGUUGGUGGCCAGAAAAGGGCCUUUUCCCACCUGCUUCCAUCCCCAGAACCUAGCCCGGAAGGCAGCUAUGUUGGUCAGCAUUCUCAGGGCCUGGGAGGGCACUACGCAGACUCAUAUAUGAAGCGAAAGAGGAUAUUUUAAUCAAUUUCCUACUGAAGCACUCACUUUUCUUCUCCCUCCUUCUCCAAAUGUGUAAAGUUUUGUAAAAAUGUUUUUAAUGUUUUGCUUUAGAUGUGUUUUUUAAGCCUCUGUAUAAAGGACUUGGCUUUUGAACUUGGGUAAGAUACAAGUGCAUCCUGGACUUUGAAGAUGGACCCUAGGUGCUUUCUGGAGCAAGCUGCCCCUUUUUCCUAUGUGAGGUUAUUUUAGGCAGUCAAGGGAUGUAUCACCAAGCUGCAGAUAGCCCCUUGCUGCCUGUCGGUCAGCUGGCCCAAAAUGGAACUGAACACAUUUUCCCCACUCAGGCUUCUUCCUGUACUGUGUUCUGAUUGCAAUAUAUUCUACCUGCACAGGUUGAGCAAGGGCCUUGUCUUUUAAAGAGAUAGGAGUUCCCUGCCUUAACACUUCUUCCUGCAAAAGAAUGUACUUUGAUUCAGUAGGUGCCUCUGGAUGCUGCAGUUUUCACUCUUAACUGCUAAAGAGGAAGGAGAUAGGAUUAGAGGACCCUUGUGUCACUUUGGGAAACUGGGCUCCAGUCAGCUGCAGCCUGUCACCACCACCACGCUCCUUGGCCUCCCCAACAGAAACAUUUCUCUGUUUCCCCACAAUCUUCCUGCUUUUAUUUCAUUUUUAAAUGUUAAGUCUCUUACAUAUUUUGGUAACGAUAAAUUUGUAAAUGAUCUUUUUUAAAUUUGUAUGCUUUUAGUUACUUUUUAAAAUAGUUUUAGAAGUGUGUGAACUUGGUAAACAUGUGAACUUUACUAACUUGUUUUUUUUAAAUCCUCUUCCCCCUGAGUGUAGGUUUUUUUAAAAAAUAUAUAUUUUGGUCUAGACCAAUUCUUUCUUUGGGUGCAGAGGUUUUUAUUUUUGUUUUUUGAGAGAGUGUGGGUUUUUGGUAACUAUCUUAAUGCUGAUCCUGCAGUCUGAUAACUCUCAGGCCAAACGACUGUGACUGGGACAAUCUUUGGGCAUUUUUCGCUAGGGUGAAUUAGAAUUUUGUGCAGCAGUUAUUUGCAUCUAGGUAGCAACAGGAGUCCUCAUUUGGCUUUUUGAGAGCACCCAGCUUUGGAGCUGCACCAGUGCUUUUUGCAGAGCUAAGAUUUUAAAGCUGGUUUCACUGAUCUGGGAUUUUGACCUCCAGUCCUAACUUAAUGGGUUCUGAAUGUCUCUUUCCCCUUAUGGUGGGCUGAGGGAGAACAGAUAGAAAGCACAACCUCCUUAUACCAGGGCAUUUUCUGAACAAGACCCAAGUUUAGCUUGCUACAGAGAUGAAUAAAAGGCUCUACCAGUUGCUUACACCAACUUAGGUUCUGGAUGGGAGAUAUUUCUAUAUUGCCCAUUCUCAGUGAAAAGCUGUGGAGUUUGCUUUGAGACAUAGUAAGGGUCUGUGGCCUUCUCCCUGGGGGAUCUGUAGUUUUGCCUAUAUACAAUACACUUUCUGUUUUAUAAACAUGCAAUGAUGAUUCUACUGUAGAUACUGGCUGGUUUGCUGUAUUUGUUGUGGGAUUUGAAAUCCCUUGGCAGCUGGAUACCAACUUUCCAAAGUAAAGCUAUAUUUAUAUCAAA